GGAAAUGGAGAUGGAGAUGGAGAUGGAGAUGGAGAAAGUGAAGAUUAUCACAAAGCAGAUGGAAGAAAAGUAAAGGAAUAGUUUCACAUCAAUGAAUAUAAAAACUGGCAACCGCCCUCGACUUCAUUUUCUCUUUUUGCUAUAACUGUUCAAUCAAUCAAUCAAUCAUUCAUUCCAUUCAGGCAAUACCAAUAAAUCCCAACACCAACAUCUCAACGGCGUUUAAACAUUCCAACUCCAGCUUUCAACCAAGGCCCAUAUAUAUAUACAUCAACUUUCAUCCCGCUCUCCGCCUUUCCUCCAACUUUGAACCCAUAUUUCUUAUCCCUCCUUGUCUGCAUCACUGCAUCACUGCAUUACUUCCAUCGUUCAUCGAGAUACCAUACACAUCUUAUCAAUCAAUCCAACAAAAAAAAAAAAUCGUUCUCGACCUUUCCGUGCCUACCUAGCUCAAACUUGGCUCACUAGCGUUCUCCCCCUGAUACUCACAUAUUUAUUUAUUGACCUCUCCAUCCUUUUUCUUCUUUUCAGAAUGCCUUCUGCAACUACACCACCAACUCUCAGUACCAAUUUGGCAGUUAAGAAAACUAGUUACGCUCGCACACAAGAUCCAGAUAUGUUAAACUGCAAGAGAAAGAUUAUUUGCUUUUCGGAUUUCGAUGGCACAAUCUUCAUGCAAGAUACCGGGCACGUCCUUUUCGAUUCAUACGGAUGCGGAGAAGAACGUCGUCAGGUCCUCGAUGAACAAAUCAAAACCGGCGAACGUUCUUUCCGUGAUGUUUCAGAAGAGAUGUGGGGAUCUCUCCGCGUUCCCUUCGAAGAUGGGUUUGCCGUGAUGGAGAAAACUCUCGAGAUUGAUCCUGAUUUCCAAAAAUUCCAUCGCUUCUGUAUUGAUAACAAUAUUCCUUUCAAUGUUAUCAGUGCGGGCUUGAAGCCAGUGUUGAGAAAAGUGUUGGAUAAGUUCUUGGGAGAGGAGGAGAGUAAGAGAAUCCAAAUCGUGGCAAAUGAGGCAGAGAUUAGUGAGGAUGGAAGUCUGUGGAAGCCAGUUUGGAGACAUGACACUGAGUUGGGUCACGACAAGGCAUUGUCCAUUACGGAAGCAAGAGAACUUGCUCAAUUGGAGUGUGAAGAUGGAACUAUCCCAUUGAUUGUAUUCAUUGGUGAUGGAGUUUCUGAUUUACCUGCUGCGAGACAAGCAGAUGUUUUAUUUGCACGAAGAGGUUUGAGAUUGGAGGAGUAUUGUGUGGAACAUAAGAUUCCUUACAUUCCAUUUGAUACUUUUGCCGACAUUCAAAAGGAAGUGGAGAAGAUUGCUGAGGAGGAUCAAGCGAAGACUGGUGGUGCAGGCAAGCCAGCUAGAUUCAAUCCAAGAGCCAACUUGUGGAGAAGAGUUUCAAGUCAGAAUGCUGUUCCUUCAUAUGUUGCUGCUACUCCAACAAAGGAAGAAAAGAUGUUCUUGUGGCCAGAAUCUUUCUCUGAGCUUAAAGAAAAUAUACCAGCUUCAAUCACGGAGGAGGUUGGCGCUUGAGAUGAAGAUGGAUAAUUGUUAUCAUCUUCCGUCUGCUAUAUCUUUAUUCACUCACUGCAUUUUUAUUCCUUUUUAUAAGUUGCAUGGCGUUGAGGUAUAGGCAUUAAUUAGCUAGCCGGUCGGGAAAUCAUUUUUGGUGGAUUUAUAGGGGGUUCAAAAGACCUGUUGGUUCGGGAUAUUAUUGCGAAUAGAUAUAUAGAUUAGGUAGUUGCAAUAGAUAUUUGUUCUUAUA